CCCCAUAAAACCAAAUGAAUGCAAUUCAUCAAAACUAGAAAAUUUAGAAGAAAAGACUAUGGAGAAGUUAACUCUUGUGGUUGUCUUCUUGCUUCUUGCAUCAUUGAUUCAACCUCUCACGGCUCAAUCCGGUUGCCCAGGAGUGAGAAAAGAAACAUGGCCAGAACUUCUUGGUGUACCAGCAAGAUUGGCUAGGGAAAUAAUUCAAAAGGAAAAUCCAAGACUAACUAAUAUUGGAAAUGUACAAAAUGGUUCACCUGUUACACAAGAUUUUCGAUGUGAUCGAGUUCGUCUUUUUAUUAAUAUUUUGGAUAUUGUUGUACAAGUUCCUCGAGUUGGUUAACAAAAAAAAAAAUAUUUAUUUGUAUACGGAGAAACAUAUUAUUUGUUUCGAAUGUAUACAUCAACCAGCUUAUUAGGUCAAGAAUAAAAUCUGGAGCCGUAUGAUUAGUGUGCUCCGGGCUUGUAAUUCAAUAUUUGGUGAUAAAUAAAUGUGGCUUUCUUUUAUUUUGUUA